AUGACAUUAAAUCACGACAAUAGUGCCGUAGUCGUAGCCCCUUACUUAGCGGCAGUAGCUGCAUUGGGUAAAGCAAAGCUAAAUCUUCACUCAUCAAUCGUCUCGACACUUACUAAAUGUAUACCAAGUUGGCGCGACGUCGAGUCUGAUUCGGUGGAUGUCGAACAUUUAGGCGGUGCGAUGACAAACCUCAUCUUUGCGGUACAUAAGCCCGAAGGACAACACUGUGAUGUCCUUGUUCGAGUAUACGGUGAAGGUACCGAGUCAUUUUUUUCUAGAAAAGAUGAGACUCGGCUAUUUCAACUUUUAAGCGAUCAGAAAAUCGGGGUGGAGCUACUUGGUGAAUUCAAUAAUGGAAGAGCAGAGAAGCUUAUACAUGGCACCACGUACACAAGCAAACGUAUGCGACAACCAGAUGAAUCUCGUAUCAUUGCAAAACAAUUGCGUGUCUUUCAUGAGCUUGACAUCGAUAUUGACCGAAUCCCCACGUAUAUAACGAGCAUUCAAAAGUUGCUACAGGUUGCGCGCGUUAAGUGUACGACCGAGAUUUUUAACGACAUUGUAGACUUUGAGCAGCUUGAAAAGGAUAUUGACGAAUUGAAGGAAAUAUUGGAUCAAGUCCCAUCUCCUAUUGUACUUAGUCACAAUGAUCUGCAAUACGGUAACAUUAUGAAGAAUGACGCUGGUGAUGCUGUGCUGAUUGAUUUUGAAUAUACGAGCUAUAAUCCGAGAGGUUAUGAUCUGGGUAACCAUUUCUGUGAAUGGGCGUAUGAUUAUCAUAAGACAGUGAAUGCACAUCUGGGUGACUUUAGUAAGUAUCCAACCCAGGAACAACAGCGAUCUUUUUGCCGUGCGUAUCUUGCGGGGAAGGACGGAAAUGAAGAUGAUGUGAGUGAUGAAGAGAUUGAGAGGUUACGACAUGAAGCAAAUACGUUUUCGCUAGCAUCGCACUUGUUUUGGGCCAUUUGGGGUUACAUUCAAGCGUCACAAUCAACAAUUGAUUUCGACUUUUUGGGUUAUGGCAAAUGUCGCUAUAAUGCAUUUAAGUCCCGCGUGACACUCAAGAGUACUUAG